UUCAUAACUUGCGCAAAGAAAACAUUCCAGUCAACAUUUAACAAGACAGAGUUUAAAAACUGUAUUUGUCAGAUCAAAUCCAUUGUUGCCAUGUCUGAGGACAAGAGAAGGGGAGGAGGUGACGAGGUGGAGGAUGGUGGCCCAGGUUUAAUAUACAUGCCUUUUGUUAUUAUGGAAGAACUGCUAGAAAAACUUCGACUUCUUGACUAUGAAAAAGAUUUCUCAAAGAAAAUGAAUCUCAAACCUAUAACAAGACAUUACUUUGCUAUCCAGACAAAUCCUGGUGAACAGUUCUACAUGUUUACAUCACUAGCUGCGUGGCUGUUGAACAAAGCAGGGCGACCUUUUGAUCAGCCUCAGGAGUAUGAUGACCCAAAUGCAACAAUUUCCAGUAUAUUGGAUGAACUUAGGAAAUAUGGGCACACAGUAGAUUUUCCACCCUCCAAAUUAAAGCAAGGCUGGGGUGAACAUUGCAUCUACAUAUUGGACAGACUAGCAGAUGAGGCCCUCAAGAGUACAAACUUUGUGUGGAAGAGACCAACAUACCCUGAAGAGGAAACAGAAGAAGAAAACAUAGUAGAGGAUGAUUCUGAAUUAAAUCUCAAUGAAAUUGAAAAGUCUAUGGUUCUUGGAAGUUCUGAUGUUGAGGAGGCAGACGAAGACGAACCACUCUUAGAUCUUGAGGGCAUGAAAAUGUUGAAUCAGAAUAAACAAACUUUUGAGUCAAGUAAACCGGAGGAGAUUCUGGAAUCUACUACAGAUGCAGCAGACUGGAAACUAGAAGUAGAGAGAGUUAUGCCACAGCUCAAAGUCACCAUAAGGACAGACAACAAGGACUGGCGUGUGCACUUGGAACAAAUGCACCAGCACCAUGACGGCAUCAAGUCCUCACUGAAUGAGAGCAAAGUCCACCUGGACAAGCUGCAGGAGGAGAUCUCCAAGACUCUGGAGAAGAUCAGCAGCAGAGAGAAGUACAUCAACUCCCAGCUGGAGCACCUGCUGGUGGACUUCAGGCAAGCCCAGGACGCUCUAGCUGAGACCAAGGAGAAGUACAGGCAGGCCAGCGGUGGGGUUACAGAGAGGUCAAGGACACUGGCUGAGAUCACAGAGGAACUGGAGAAAAUCAAACAGGAAAUGGAUGAGAAAGGAACCAGCAUGACAGAUGGAUCUAUCCUGGCCAAGAUCAAGCAGGCUAUACUGACCAUUAAAAAGGAAUGUACACAGAUGGACAUCAGGGCUGGGGUUGUUGAGCACAUUCUCCUGCAGGCCAAGCUAAAAGACAAAACUUUACAGAACAAACAGAUCCACUCUAGUGGGGCCACUGAAGGCUUCAUCAUUUAACCUUCACCACUCAAACCUUAAAUGACUGCACCAAGUGACUUCAACAUUGACUUCUUUAAAACUUGAGUGUGAAGAUAUUGAACAAGUGAUCUGCACACCCUUAGUUGCAUGGGUCAUCCACAUGGGGUGGGCUUUUAGUGGAUAUCAUUAGGGUAUGACCCAUGUGGAUAUCAUUAAGGGAUGACCCAUUAUAUGUUUGUUCUACGGAUAUAAAAAGAUUUAAAAUUUUAAAAAUGCUGAUUCAAUCUAAGAAAUAUAUGAUUAGUAAUAAUUGUUUAGGUGAUAACUAUUGUGUUGGGAAAGGCCAGUGGCUGGCUUGCUUUGACUCAACUGCCCAGAAUGAUCUUUAAAAAUUGGAUGCUUGCAAUGUACAUAGUUUUUAAGUUUUAAGUCACCAAUUUCUGUGAUAAUUUGUUUUUUCUAAUGGUCACUUCCAGUAGGGGGUGACCUGGAUAAACUUGUCAAUUCAUUUGCAUUUUUUUUUGUCUUUGGCCAGAUGAUCUAUAUGAAGUUUUGUAUUUACAAGUCUUUUAUAAUCAAAAGUACAAAACGUUUCGUUCUGUAGUUUAAAAAAAUUUAUGUAUGUAAUAUAAAAUGCAUUCUGUGAUAUCUAUAGUUCAAUAAAAUUUAUU